AUGAUCUUUACUGGCACUGGGUCUAGUUUAUCUGACUACGAAAUAGAGGACCCUAACCAAGAAGGAGACAGUCUCUCUUCUGGGGGGACCUCCUCGAUGAGGAGACAGCAAACAGGAGACUCUGCUGCCGCUGCUGCUGCUGCUGCUGCUGCUCCUGCUGCUGCUGCUGCUGCUGCUGAUGAUGAUGAUGAUGAUGAUGCAGCGGACAAGCAGCAAGAGCAGCAGCAGCAGCAGAAGGAAGAGCAGCAGCAGCAGCAGCAGCAGCAGCAGCAGCAGCAGCAGCUGACGCCUAGAACUGAGAAUGGAAGUAUACAGCAGCAAAACUCGCGGCUGCGUCUACGUUAUACAGACUCCCUGCAGCAGCAGCAGCAGCAGCAGCAGCAGCAGCAGCAGCAGGAGGAACAGCAGCAAGAGCAGCAGCAAGAGCAUUCUCUAGAUCAGCAGCAGCAGCAGCAGCAGCAGCAGCAGAUGGAUGCCUCUUCUUGCUGUUCUUCUCUUCCUUCCUCGCCUCACCGCCCACAGCAGCCCCCCUCCCCCCCCCCCCCCCAUAUUUAG